AUGUCAGGCCUGCUCGAUCCCAGGACGGGCCAGCAGCUGCCCGCCGACGCCAUCCAGCGCGUCCUCUACAUCUGCAAAGCCGUACAUGUAUAUGCCAUCCCGCCGCUGACGUCGAUGAAGGGCUACGAAGCCGCGAGCUGGACGACUCCUGACCCGCACAACGACGGCAAGACAAAAGAAAUAUUCACGGCACGACUCAGGAUUCUAGAGAGCGCGAUACCUACGCCUCCAACUCCGGUGUUUCGAGGCCAGAUGCGCCCUCUCUCGCUGCCAGAGGAGAGCGAAGAGCCCGGGGAAGAGGUGAGGACUGAUAUCGUGCUCGAAGACCCGGAGACAGGCGCCUUGUUUGCAGCCGCUCCGUACGUCGAGUCCAGCGUGGUAGAGCAUGCGGUCGAUUCAUCGCGGUUCUUCGCUAUACGAGUUGUCGGCGAAGGGAAGAAGGCGGUUCUGGGUGUUGGGUUCGAGGAUAGGAGCGACGCUUUUGAUUUCGGCGUUGCACUCCAGGAAGCGAGGAAGAUACUCGGUUUCGGAGCUGCCGUUACUACUCUUCCUGCUGGCAAUGUCGAUAACCCUACGGCUAUACGAAACGUUUCACCAGCACCGAGAACGGGCGGACGGGGGCCAGGAAGAGGACCGGGAGGAAUCCGCCCAUCUCCAUCUCCCAGGGGCAGCAGGACGGAAGUGCCACAGAGCAGUAUGAGCAGCAUGAACAUCAGCAGCAGCAGCAGAGACUACAGUUUAAAACCCGGGGAGACCAUCUCUGUGAAACUUGGGAGUCGCAGCAGGGGCGAGAUGGCUUCUCCUGGAGAGACGGCUUCUGGAGAGAUGUCUGAUAAAACCGCCCUCUUCUCCAUCCUCCCUCCGCCGCCGUCUCCCAGGAACAACGACAGCAACCCGUUUGCCCCGAGUUCUCGCCGUCGAAAGCAGCCUCAGGACCGAGAGGACCAAGGAGAAGACGAGUUUGGCGAGUUCCAGUGA